AUGUCGGCAAACAGUGAAGAGGUUUUUGAGCGGGAUGAAGACAUGUCGUCCUGGAGUUCGGCGUUCGCGCCGGUCAGUAAACCAGCAGAUUCUCCGAAGAGCAAGCGCAAGAAGCAUAAGAAGCGGAAGAAGGUGAAGAAGAGACACUCCACGACACAGGAGCGCAGGCGAUGUGACAAAGAAGAGACCAAGAAGCGAAAGAAGAAAGAGAGGAAGUCGGCAUCAGUCCCGGAAGAUGCCGACAAUCGGGCAGAGCAGUUGCCCUCCUCCAGCUACACCGCCCGAGACCCUCAGGAGCAGGAGGGUUCAGCCCACGAAGGGCUUCCCGCCAACUUGGGCAGGUGGGUCUUCCAUGCCUCUUGGGAACCGACAGAAGAAGGAGACCAGCCGGAAGCGCCUCCCAAACGCAGUCCGGGGAGAGCAGCUGCGAAGAUGCUGGUUCGCGCCGGCCUUCGCUGUAAAUGUCAUUUCGCUCUCGACUGCCAAUGCAGUGACGUGCAGGGCUGGGAGAGUUUCCUGCGUGAGCAAGACGCACCCUCGCAGAAGCCUAUGAUGUUUAUGCUACUCGAGCCGGCUCAAGAGCUUUCAGUUUUCACCUUCGUUUCACCCUCCGUCUCACAAUGGUGUCGCAGAGACGACUCCGACUCCUCUGACAGUGAGGAGAUGAUUCCGACGAUCUACGGGCUCAUGCCCAUGAGGCGAAAAGCUAAGAAGAACCGCAAGCACAAGAAGAGCAAAGAGUCCAAAAGAGACCGACGCACCAAGAAGAAGGCGUCGAAGAAGCGCGCACCCAAGGCAAAGAAGAGCUCGUACAGCUCUGAAUCCUCCUCGUCCUCGUCUUCGCCGGAACGCCGCCGCCACAAGCGCAAGGAGCGUGCGGAAGCCGCUCCCUCGAGCCACAAGGGGGAGUCUUACCACACACCGUCCUUUACGAAGGACCAUUCCUUUGGAAGUGGCAAAUGGGGCGGACAGAGCUCCGGGUGGAAGCAGCCAGGCUGGCACUCGAACAAACAAUGGCAAGCCAAGUCUUGGCAGCCCAGAGGCUCCGGCAAGCCCUGGAACACUUGGACGGCGCAUGAGAAGGGUUACCAGUGGAAGCUCCCCGAACAGGAAGAAGAAGCCGAAGAUAGGGAGGAAGCUUCCAUGCAGGAAGCACUCAUGAAGAGUGCAAUGGAGGAGGCGUGGUCCGACCGCACUCGGACUUUGUCCUACAGUGAACUCCCGGCGGAUCAGCGCGGCCCCCCCUACAAAGAAGUCAUGGAGAAUGUGGAAGCUGAUGACAUCGAGCGCAUGGCCGCGCGGAUCAAGGAGCACUCCCGCCUCCCGGAGGCAAUGAUCAACUAUGUGUCCCGGUUCCUGGCCUCCCUCCCCGACGGGACGCUGCCGCAAGAGUUGAAAUGGGCGCAGCAUUCAGGAUCGCAUUUCUCCGCCUCGAUCCUCGAACUGGAGCUUAAACCCGACAUCGCCGCGCCGGAGCAGCUCCAGAUCCCGGACCCCGUCCACUCGCAGAGUCUGACGGCCGCUCACGGCACGAAGUGGUCCUCGGCUCACGGCAUUUUGAGCCAAAAGAUCAUCCGCCCUCAAGCAGCUCAGACCGACCAGUACCCGCCAUACGGGUUCUUCGCCCGUGGCAGCUGCGAGCAGUACUCCUCGCACACGGCAAUGAAGGCCCUGGAAGGGGUUGCGAGGAAAGCAAAGGCCUCGGGAAGUGGCAUCGCAAUUUUGGUGUCCGCAAGGGCACACGCGGUCCAACUCUUGGAAGGAGGCGUGGGCAAGCUUCAUGCAGCUUGCAGAAGAGACUGGGCGGCGCGAUCCUCAUCGGACCAAAGUCUGUGCAUCAGGUCGGAGGGCGCGACCAUAAAGGCCGUGGCGUUCAUGUGGCCGCGGUAG